AUUCUAUGCAAUGGUUUAUGCCACUAGAGCUCGUGGCUGACGACUAAAUAAGCAGCAGCGCAGUAUUAAUUUGACGUUAAACGUAAUUCUUCUCCCUUCCUCUUUCUCUUUCAAAAUAGAGAAGAGGAGUUUUUCCUCAAAUUUUCGUAUAGUAGCCAUUAAACUGCUGUAAUCGAGCUAGUUCGAAAAAAUGCCGCGCGAAGAACAAAGGAAAGGACAGUUCUAGUGAGGAAGAAGAUGAACCUAAAGCACAUGGUGAUUCAGUAAAAAAUCAUAGUUCAUCAGGAACAGAUACUGAAAGUGAAUCAGAAUCAGAAUCUGAAACUGAGGGAAAGACAAAAGGUGUAGAAAAUUUAAUUCAAGUUGAAAAUCCAAAUAGAGUACAAAAAAAAGCGAAAAAAUUAUCUCAAUUAAAUCAAUCUUUAGACUCAGCAAAACCAGAUUUAUCUCGCAGAGAACGAGAACAACUAGAAAGACAGAGAGCAUACGCAAACUAUCAAAAAUUGCAUGCAGCAGGUAAAACAGAAGAAGCACGCGCGGAUUUAGCACGAUUAGCUAUAGUUAAACAGCAACGAGAAGAGGCGGCUAGAAAACGAGAAGCCGAAAAGAAACAAAAGGAACUUGCCCUGCAGAAAAAAACAGAACUUAGGCAAAAAGCACUCGGCAAAAAAUCCUAGAACGUUUUAACUUGAGUCAAUUAAGAACUAUUUGAUGUCACAGCUACUAUUAACAAUGAACAGUUAAAAAUCUACUUUCGUAUUGAUACUAAUUGAUUAAACGUAUUUACAAUAUGCGUUUAAUGGAAAUGUCCUUGUUUAAUUAUAUAUAAAUAUAAUUAUUAAAAUAACUAAA